AUGGCAGACCCCCUCCCCCAACUCUUCGGCGUAAUACCUACCGGCGCACCAUGCAUUACGAUGCCCAGCGCCGUGCCCUCCGCGACCUCCUUCGUCUUCACACUGCCGACCACGAAACCCUUUAGCCACAUAGUCGUCUUCCUCCUCCCCGGAAUAACACUUCCCCCAGACACUGCAGCAGCCGUAUAUAUCUCCCUCUCGCCUCUCACGGCGACUGCGAGCCUAUCCUUUAAAUUCCUCGGCGGCAUCGGUCCUGGCAAGGAAAGCGCCGUAUUUAAGAUCUCGGGCCUUAGUGCCUCGUCUUCUUCACCGUCUGGUCCGGGUGAAACAACAGAGGUAGACAUGGACGCCGACGAGACGAUUCCGCAAACAGGGGAUGGGGAAAUCACGCUUGGGAUCUCCCUCGAGACCGCAGAGUCGGUGGGUGCGCAGAUGGCCGCGCUGCAACAACAAUCAUCGUCGUCAUCUUCGACGACGUCCUUUGCUAAUUCCCAGGCGCUGGUACUUGCUGGUCAUAACAACCGUAGUAGUAAUUCGAAGGGGGGAGGGAAACCAGAGACGUUAGUGCUGGCGCAGCGGAUCAUCAAGAACGCGUUUAACUUCCUGGCGAGCUUUAGCGGGAAUCUGAAUGGGGGCGUGGAGGUGGUGCCGUUGAAGGCGUUUGAGGAUUGGUGGAGAAAGUUUGAAGGGAGGGUUAGAAAUGAUCCCGAUUUUUUGGAGAGGGCAGAGGGGGAUUGA